UCAGCCAGCUGCAGGCGGAACUCCAAGCAGACGCGGAAACAUGGCGGACGAAAGUGCGGUCGGCGUUACGCCCAUAUCUAACUCCAAUCCGACCCAUCCUGUGGCCAUGGAAGUACCCAGUAUGGAGAUGGCCCUUGGGACGGAGCUGGCGUACACUAAGGGUGCCAGCUCAGAGAACAAGCCAGACUCGCCCGAGUACUGGAAGGGAGCGAAGGAGGAGGAGCCGGACUCUCCUGAGCUGGAGAAGUACUGGAAGGUGGUGAAGGAGAACCCACAGGACUUCACCGGCUGGACAUACCUGCUGCAGUAUGUGGAACAUGAGAACAAGUUGGUUCAGGCGAGGCGAGCGUUCGACGCCUUCUUCAUGCGCUACCCGUACUGCUACGGCUACUGGAAGAAGUACGCAGACGUGGAGAAGAAGCACGGGAACGUAGAGCAAGCCCAGGAGGUCUAUGAACGAGGAUUGAAAGCAAUCCCACUGAGCGUGGACCUCUGGAUCCACUACAUAAACUUCGCCACCGAAGUCCAGACAGCCGACGAGGUGGGACAGGCCAACCUCAGAAGUGUGUAUGAGAAGGCGGUGACCGCGGCCGGCGCAGAGUUCCGUUCGGACCGGCUGUGGGACCUGUACCUGGCCUGGGAACUGGAGCAGGGAAACCUGAAGAACAUCACAGCCGUCUACAACCGCCUACUCAACAUUCCCACACAGAUGUACAGCCACCACUUUGAGAAGUUCAAGGACCAUGUGAACACCAACCUGCCCAAGGACAUCCUGCCUCUGGACGAGUUUCUGCAGCUGCGCACGGACGUGCUGGCCAACACGCCGGGAAUCGAACCCGAGAUCCCCGGAGCCGAGCCUGACGACGGCCCGCCGGGUGUGGUGCCUCCUCCUGGCGUCACGGCUUCUCCUGACAAGAUCGGCACCAAACCCAAGUCUGUUGUUCCACCUUUUGUAGACUGUGUGUCCCAGCCUGAUGCAGAGACUCUGGCUAUCAGAGAGAAACUCAUCUCCACCAGGAGAGCCAUCUACAGCACCACCGAAGCUGAGGUCAGCAAACGAUGGACCUACGAGGAGGGGAUCAAGAGGCCAUACUUCCAUGUGAAGCCUCUGGAGAGGGUCCAGCUGAAGAACUGGAAGGAGUACCUGGACUUUGAGAUGGAGCAGGGGAACCACGAGCGCAUGGUCGUCCUGUUCGAGAGGUGCAUGAUCGCCUGCGCACUGUACGAGGACUUCUGGCUCAAGUAUGCGAAGUACCUUGAGAGCCACAGUGUGGAGGGAGCGAGGAACGUGUACCGCCGAGCCUGUACCAUCCACCUGCCCAGGAAGCCCAACAUUCACCUCAACUGGGCAGCAUUCGAGGAGCAACAAGGAAACCUGGACGGGGCGCGUGACAUCCUGAAGACCCUGGAGGAGGCGGUGCCUGGCCUGGCCAUGGUGACCUUACGCAGGGUCAGCCUGGAGAGACGCACCGGAAACCUGGUCAACGCCGAGAGAAUAUUCCGGGAGGCGGCCGAGAACGCCAAGGACACCGGCACAGCCUCCUUCUUCUCACUCAAACUCGCCAGGUUCAUGGCCAAGACCAAGGCUGACACUGAAGGUGCCAAAACUGUUCUGAAGGAGGCCAUAGAAAAGGACAAGGAGAAUGCUAAGCUGUACCUGCAGCUGUUGGACCUGGAGUUCCAGCAGGGAGUGAGGCCAGACGAGGACAGGGUCCUGCAGUGCUUUGACCUGGCCAUGACCUCCCAGCUCAGCCAAGACGCCAAACUCACCUUCUCUCAGAGGAGGGUCGAGUUUCUGGAGGACUUCGGGUCCAACGUGGAGAGGUUGAUGACUGUGUACGAAGAGCACCAGAAGCUUGUGAAGACCCACAGUGGAGGGAAGAAAAGAGCACCUGAGGGAACAGGGGAUGACUUAGUGCCUGCGGAGAAGAAGCACAAGUUUGAGGAGAACGGCACCAUGUCCAUGCCCCCUCCCAUGACCAUGCCGCCCCCCGCGCCGGCACCCAACUCCAUGCCGCCCCCGGACCCCAACACGGCCCCCCCUCCGUCCUACAACUACAACUGGAACACCGGAUACAACCAGCCUUCAGCCAACCAGUACAACUACCAGCAGUGGGGGUACGGGCAGCAGUACUAUCCACCGGCUUCUCAGUAAGGGACAGGCAGGGCCUCAAAAUACCACCUGCACAUGCAGGGUAGUGCAGGUAAAACGGGGGCUGUGCAGGUGUUUCUGAUGUCUACCUGCACCUAACCUGCACUGGUCCAUGUACUUGGUAUAUGCAGGUUUUAGUGCAGGUAAAAAUUGGGGCUGUGCAGGUGUUUCUGAUGUCUACCUGUACCUAACCUGCACUGGGUUUAAAUACAAAAUGUAGGUGUAUGUGGAUUUUUUUAAUUUUCUGCAUUGACAGUUACCACUUUUGAAGUAUAAAAGAAACACUGCCAGUAUUUCGAGCCCUGGCUGACAUGUACAUACGACUCGAUGGGGACUCUGUUGUACAGGCGACUCCAUAGGAGCCAUUGCUUUAAUCUAAUACAUGUACCUUCAGGUAAAAGGUGAGACUUAAUACAAAGUAAGUACAAGUUGAUAAAGCAAGUUUUACUGUAAUUCCCAACACAAAAAUCGGACUUACGAUCCACUGCUCACCAAGUCACUCGUGUCAUCUAUAUAACGUGACCUCACAGAAGAG